AUGAAUUCUAUGUGGUGCCGUCACGGAAAUGUGACACAAAUCCUCGCAAUAAGUUCCGUGUUAGCGGUGGAAGUUCACUUCGAAAACAAAGAUAGCGGGUUUUUUCUAAAACAUACGGCGAGAUGGAACGGAGCUGGUCCUCCACCGGAGCCCAUGGGCACAGCUCUUCCCGGUGCUCUGCUUUCCCUUGACCGGUUUACGGUCUUACAGGGGUCUGCUCCAGCAUCUGUGAGAGCGACCUAUGGACCGUUUUCGACAAAACAAACCGUCCCCGCUCGGUACGCCGUACCCGACCCCCUGGAACAGCCUAGGCGGAAUGCUACGUUACUAGAAUUGCAAGAUGCGACCGCUCACAGACUUGACGUAUCCGCUCAUCUCGUUUUUCGUGAAUUACCCCGUGACGCCCCCGUGUUACGAGUACUAUUUCACACUGGUGGAGAAGGGGGUGCCCGACGAGCCGCCGCCAGAUUACGCAGAGUUUGUAUAACAUUGCAUGCAAGUUUGGGAUCCAAAACUCUCACGGCUACAUGCGGUCCGGAGGGGGAAGAAGGUGCGUGUCUCGCUGAAUUGACAGUGCCAGCGGCAUGGUGGCCGGCUGAUGGCAAGGGGAAAAGACCACCACGAUCAUUGAAGUUAGCGUAUAGUGCAGCAGAAGCGAAUAGCGGUGAAAGUGGAGAAGGUGUGUGUGGAAAAGUUUCUGUACAACCAGCUUGGCCAUUGGGCAUGGUGACGUUGGCCGGAGCCCGCGCUGGUUACAGAGAGGCGAGGGCUGGGGACACAGCACUGCUUUUACCCCGUGCACCACUCUACCCCCAUUUCCGAUUACACAUUCCAUUUGUGGUCCGUCGAGACACUAGUCACUCAAUCGGACAUGUUGUUAUAAGGAUGAAGGUAAAAUCGGGGCUACGACUAGUAAGCGUGACAGCAGCCAACUCCCACUGGGCUGUGACUGCUGAGGUGAAGCCCAGGGCUGCAACGGUCACAGCGACCCGGCUAGAGCAACCAUUGCGAGAUGAUGAUGGUCUGGACUUGGAUGAGGACGAAAGCAGUGGCGCCGGCGGUCCUGGUUGGGAGGAAGUUCUCACUUGGCUCGUGGAGGUUGGAGCUGAAGGAGAGAGUGACAACGAUGGUUCUGAAGGAGAAUCAGGGAGGGGCACCGCUCGAAUCAGUUGGUCCGCUAAAGUCUCCACAUCUGCGAGCGGUACUUCCACCACAGAGGAAACUCCGCACGAGCACCGAGUUAAUACUAGGCUUGAUAUCGAAAAGGAUGACAUUCAAGCUGUCUUGCCCAUAUCUAAGAACUGGGAGGUACUAAACACUGCAGUGCUCACUGGACGCCAAGUGUCUCAAGCCAUGAAGGUCCUCAUCGUGUCGCAGGCUGGUCAGGUUGCUGACGUCACACUUCAGAGCUCUUGUCACUCGGAGGACGAGAGCGUACUCAAAGUUUCAUCAUCGUGCAGCUCCGUAUAUGUAGAUGGUUCAGAAAUUCGUGGUUCGUCCAAUGCCUCCGUGAUUGUCAAAUAUGGUACCUACACUGGUUUGGCGCGGUUCACCGUAUGGAUGCCUGAAUAUCCCUUGGAAAUUGAUGUUGAUGAUAACAGACUAUCACAAAUUAAAGGUUGGAAAGUUUUAGAUGAAACGAGCGCUAAGGACAGAUUAAAACGGUCUCUGACGACGAGGGGGUGGGGCGCGACGAGACCCGACGGCCCAAAUGCCCUAACGGAACAACGGUCUUGCCGACUCCGAUAUCAACAAAGUAACGUUGAGGUAUACGCAAGAUUCCUGGCCAAAGACCAUGACUCCGGCCGAGUGUCAUACUUCGUAUCCCGUAGAACCUGGCUCAAAGUGACAGAACUGGUGCUCUCGUUAAUGCGCGUGUCAGAUCCACGAAUUGCGUCCCUCAGAAACCGCGUCCUACAAGGACGAAGUACGGGCCGUACUGAAGUACAAGUGCUUUCUCCGAUUACAGGUCGUGUUAUUGGACUCCGCGAGGUGCGCGUGGUAAACGACAAAGUAUCGAUUAGUCGACUUCUAGUUCGAGUCAUAUCCGGCUUACAACUGAACAUUUCCCCCGACACGGCUAUCGAAAACGGAUACGUUUCUGAGACAACGGUUACGAGACGUCUCACUGCUCAGUAUCAAGAAGGACUGCUGGAUAUAGACAUAGAGUUUUCGGAUGGCACACAUACAGCUCUGCGCGAUGUAGCCACAACCGACUAUCACUUGUUAGUUGAGAGUUUGGAUAUUGAAGUCGUGGCAUUUGCACCGAUGUUGGCUUCAGUUCACCCGCGCGUUAUAGCUGUUGGUGAAGGCAGCGGAGAACUCCUUCGAGUAACCUUGCUGACACCAGAUCAAUGUCGUUCUGGACCUAUCCGUCGCGUGGCACUGCCUGGUAAAGGAGACGCUAAGACUCCAGCAAAUAUUAAAAACAUUCCCGGAGCACUGGCAACUGCCGCUGCUAGUGUUGACGUAGACUUCAGUGGCACAGAUGCGCCCCAAAGACCAGAUACACCACAAAACGAUGACAUCAUGGCUAGAGGGGGCAUCAGAAGUGGGAUGAAUGAUCUAACUGAUCUCCUUAAAGAUAUAUCACGGAUCAAAGAUGAAAACAAUCACAAUCCCACAGUUCAAGCUCAGCAAUACGGAUCAAUACACCGACCCAAUAAUAACGCACAUCACCCACGACAUGUUGCUCAGAAAAAUGAAUCACAAGUACAAAUAGGAAUGUCGAUACUACUCGGAGCUUUUUGUUUUGCAAUAAUGGUAUUCGUUGUGUCUUGCGUUGUGUAUGCCUACAAAUUGAAGAGGGUUAAUAGCAUUGGAGGUGGUGGCUGCCGAAGCCCAAGUGCUACUGAGAACGGGCGUUUACAAGUUACGAAUCUAGUUGGAACCACACUGGGCUUGGCAAAAGAAAAACCAACUAGAGAAUCUACCACAAACGCCCAUGAUUGGGUAUGGCUAGGAAGAGCCACCAUAGAAAAGAAUGGAGCUCGACACCAAAUGAAUAGAAACUCAACGCAACAAGCCGACAAGGGCAACAAUAACCACGAAAUGCGUAUCACAAACAACCCACUAAAUUACAAUUAUGUAGACCCUGAUGAUGCUAUCCGCGACAAUGGAAACGUCAUGGUUACCAGCUUCGAUAACCCCAAUUCUAUCGAACUACCCUCGCAGAGCGAGAAACGGGAGAGGGUCAUAGAUUCGACGACGUAUUGCAAGAAACCGGCGAGGCACACGCGCCAAAACUCCGGAGACGGUCAUUGGCAAGACCCGACAAUCCAAGAUGACUACCGGCCACCCGUGCCGCCCCACAGAAAUACUUCGACACCUCAACCUCAAGUCCCCGUGCCACCACGAAAUAACAAAAUUUUACCUGAGACCGUCAUGCCACCUACAAGACGUAGUCAUUCCCGCAAUCAUCAUAAGAAAUACGAUCGAGAACACGAGUCGACCAAAAGAUCUCCGGAAAACAAUCGCCACCCAGACCGAAUUAUUGAUUUAAACAAAACCGAGUCCCCAUACAUGUCGAGUCGCGAACUAAAAGAUCAGUACAAACGAGACUCUUAUCCACUACGACUCCGUAACGACUUCGAAGACCCCAUGGAAAAACUGGCAAACAAAGACGACUGCGCUAGGCUAUUUGAGUUUGAUAAUGACGCCCCACUGAUUAUGGAAAAUAAGGACUACAGGGAAAUCGUUGGAUUGAACAGAGGAACCGAUGACUCGCGACGUACAUUCACCAAACCUGAGAGUCCCGACUACAUGCAUGAUUCUGGAAUCGGUCUCCCCGAUAUGCAAAUGAGGCAUAAGAGCAAAGCGAAGGAUACGAACGGAAAAGAAGAUUUCGUGGAUCUAUCUAAUCAAAAUAAAGGAGGAAACACUUCGCCAGAAGUGAAGCGGGCUACGAUCGUCGGCAACCCCAUGUACUCUCGCGAAGACGGUCGCGUCGACGCCCCCGUUGAAUCCCUCGGACUCGACGACUUGCACAUGGACUACGAUCAAAUCAUGCAUUAUUUCCAUAACCUCAAGCAUAUCAACAAAGCUCCAAUCGACGUAAACAAUGCACCCACUGGUAUAUCCGGUGUAGCCGGGGUAGAGGAUACUCAUAUUGACACACAAAACAACAACAAACACAACUUCGAUGCACACAUCUAUGAGAACGUAUCUAGUGUUGCACCGACACAGAUGCUUUGCGAUUCGAUCGCACAUAACAACAGUUCUAUGAAACGACAGCUCAAAUACCUUCUCGAACAUUUGAGCGAGGCGUACGAAUAA